UUUGUUUGGUUACAGAGAAAAAAACCCAAAGUUCCCAACUUUUUCCGGGAAGUCUCCAAGGAUAUUUAUAUGCAAUUUAUCCAAUAAAAGAUACUUUCAGACCUUCAGUAGAAUACUCUCACUCUCUUCUGUCCAAGGCACCAGUCUCCACCGAUGCUCUCGUCGGUCUAAAAGCCAACCGCCUGAGGCGGCGGCGGCUGGCGGCAGAGGUAAUGCGACACACGAUCGAGGAUGAGGCAGCUGGAAUCCGCGAGACGGAUCGGGGUAACCCGGUGCCUGUCUUAGCAAGGAGCAAGUCGGAACCCUAGGGAAGAUCCCUUCUUCGUCCGACAGCGGAAAAAUUCGGCAGGAUCGAGGUCUCUCAGGAAGGACGAUACGAGGUGGUUUGGAGGUGAUUAAUGCACGUCGGCCCGCCUCCCCGCGGCUCGGAUCUGGCCUCCCGCGGCAUGGCGGCGGAUGCGGAAUCGCCAAGAGUGUUCGAGGCCUGGAAGGGAAGCAACAUUUUUUUUCUUCGAGGGAGAUUUAUAUUUGGUCCUGAUGUGAGAUCAUUGUUUCUCACCAUAUUCCUGAUUGUUGCACCUGUUUCAAUCUUCUGCGUGUUUGUUGCCAGAAAACUAAUGGAUGAAUUUUCCAGUACUCUGGGUAUACCAGUGAUGGUAAUAGCUGUCCUGUUCACUUUAUAUGAUUUGAUUCUUCUACUUGUGACAUCGGGUAGAGAUCCGGGUAUAGUACCUCGUAAUCCACAUCCUCCAGAAGCUGAAAUCUUUGAGGAUAAUAGUGAAGUUGGAGGUGCCCGAACUGCACAAUUACAUUUACCACGAACAAAGGAUGUAAAUGUGAACGGGAUGACCGUAAAGGUGAAAUUCUGCGACACUUGCUUGCUCUAUCGGCCUCCUCGUUGCUCACACUGCUCAAUCUGCAAUAACUGUGUGGAACGUUUUGAUCAUCAUUGCCCAUGGGUUGGCCAAUGCAUUGGGCUUAGGAACUAUCGUUUCUUCUAUAUGUUUGUUUUCUCAACAACUUUGCUCUGUCUCUAUGUCUUUGGAUUUUCCUGGGUGUGCAUCGUGAAAAUUAGAAAUGCUGAACAAAUAUCUCUUUGGAGAGCAAUGACUAAGACUCCAGCUUCCAUUGUCCUCAUAAUCUACAUUUUCAUAUCAGUUUGGUUUGUUGGCGGCCUCUCAGUCUUCCAUUUAUAUCUAAUGAGCACCAAUCAGACGACUUAUGAAAACUUCAGAUACCGUUAUGAUCGGAGAGCUAACCCAUAUAACCGAGGAGUAGUAGAAAAUUUCAAAGAGAUCUUUUUUACAAGCAUCCCUCCAUCAAAGAACAAAUUCCGUGCAAGGGUACCACGGGAACAAGAAUAUCAACAACUUACUAUAGGUGGCGGUUUCAUGAGUCCAAAUAUGGGCAGAGCAGUGGGUGACAUCGAGAUGGGUAGAAAGCCUGUGACAUGGGAUGAAUUGAGGGCAGUCACACAAGCUGGUGAUCUAGAAGGAGGUCUAAGCAGUAGAAACAUGGUGGAUGACAAGGACAGUGAGCUCGGUGAAGUUUCCCCGGAUUUAAGAAGGGAGUUUCUGUCGACAAGGGGUGUGGAAGUACAAGCUGCAUUGCACCAUAGGCGCUCAAGCUGGGGAAGAGGUGGGAGCUGGGAGACCAUGCCUGAGGUUCGAGCUGUGGCAUCUGCAAUGUGGGAAACAAGUAGGAUAGGCAGUGGCAGUGGCAGCCGCAGCAUGUCUGCAGCAAACUUAUGAGGUGUUCAGAUAGCGACACGCUCGUAAAGGCAUGGAUCUUGUGGAUGCCUUUUGGUGCAUUGGAAAAGGACUGGUGUCUCCUAGUGUUGCAUAGUUUGCGAGUGAUCUAUUGGGUUUGGUUGAUACACAUUUGUAGAAAAUUGUUUUGUGCUGAUUUGCUGUGAUACCGGCAUCGACUAUUUUUUUGUAGAUCUGAAGACGAUAGAUAGUCGAGGACUGUAUUCGCUUGCUUGGCAUGUGUGUAUAUAUUUGCGUUUGUGGCUUCAGUAAAAGUUGUUAUCCAUCUGAGCGUA